UGUGAGAGGCCUUCCGGUUCCUCUGGCACAUCAGCUGACUCUGAUGCUGCUGUCAGGAGACCUCACGAACUCUGCUGAAUGGCAACUAUGAAAAUUAUCAAGCCAUAGACACGCUAUACAGAAUAAUUCACCCGGUAACGCUCACAUUUUUACAACACAGUUUUCUUUAGUUCUACCAGUUGUCAGAGGCCUGCGGUAACAAUGACAGAGUUUUGGUUAAUCUCUGCGCCUGGAGAGAAGACUUGCCAGCAAACAUGGGACAAAAUGAUGGUGGCCACCACGCGUACCAACAACCUCUCCACCAACCACAAGUUCAACAUCCCAGAUCUCAAGGUGGGGACCCUAGAUGUCUUGGUCGGGUUGUCUGAUGAACUGGCCAAACUAGACUCCUUUGUUGAAAGUGUGGUGAAGAAGGUGGCUCAGUACAUGGCCGACGUGCUGGAGGACAGCCGAGAUAAAGUACAGGAGAACCUGCUGGCCAACGGAGUUGACCUUGUUACCUACAUCACAAGGUUUCAGUGGGAUAUGGCAAAAUAUCCCAUCAAACAGUCACUUAAAAACAUCUCUGAAAUCGUCUCAAAGCAAGUAACCCAGAUUGACAAUGACCUGAAGGCCAGAGCGUCAGCUUAUAACAACCUGAAAGGAAACCUGCAAAACCUAGAAAGGAAGAAUGCGGGGAGCCUGCUGACCAGGAGCUUGGCAGACAUUGUCAAGAAGGAAGACUUUGUGUUGGACUCGGAGUACCUUAUCACUCUGCUGGUAGUUGUACCAAAGACAGGAUAUGCUGACUGGCAGAAAACAUAUGAAACACUUGCUGAGAUGGUGGUGCCUCGAUCCACUAAUCUGCUAUUUGAAGACAAUGACAGUGGACUCUUCAGUGUGACCUUGUUCAGGAAGGCCAUUGAUGACUUCAGACACAAGGCCAGAGAGAACAAGUUCACAGUGAGAGACUUCCAGUACAAUGAAGAGGAGAUGAAGGCAGACAAAGAGGAGAUGACACGGCUCUCCACAGAUAAGAAGAAGCAGUUUGGCCCACUUGUCCGGUGGCUAAAAGUGAACUUCAGUGAAGCCUUCAUCGCUUGGAUCCACAUCAAAGCACUAAGGGUUUUUGUGGAGUCUGUUUUAAGAUAUGGCCUGCCAGUGAACUUCCAGGCCAUGCUGCUGCAGCCCAACAAGAAGACCAUGAAGAAACUGAGGGAGGUGCUCAACGAUCUGUACAAACAUCUGGACAGCAGUGCAGCAGCCAUCAUUGAUUCGGCGAUGGACAUCCCAGGCUUAAACCUGAGCCAGCAGGAAUAUUAUCCUUACGUCUACUACAAGAUUGACUGCAACCUCUUGGACUUCAAAGUUUAAUACUUCCCCCAGUUUGUCAUUAUGUUGAGUGUAGAUUAAAUUAUGUUUCCUUGGCAAAAAAUUCCCCUCCUUGCCCUAUCUUCGCUGUCUGUGUCCUCACGCACCCCAAUCCCUCCACUUGAUUGGCUGACAAAUGUGCAUGCGCAUUUCUUGUGUUUUAAAGGGUCAUGAACAAGCUUUUACCACUUUGACAACCAAGCAACAGUAAUGACUUGGACCUUUUUUCUUUGUUUACAGUUUUUUUUAUUUUAAGAAACAAAGUGAUAAUUUCUAUCAGUGAUGUGAAAUGAUUUAUGAAAUCUGUCUGGAUUGGAUUUAUUUCCAGGUGGAGAGUUGUAUAUUUACAGUCAUUCCACUUAUGUGUUUGUGUAUAUUGACAACUGCAUCUUUCAUGUUGGUAUUCAGAGAUUUGUAUUUACAUGUAAGCAGGUUCAUCGUUACACCAACGCCAACCAGAUCUGGUAUGUGUUGCUAUGAUGGUGGUUCACCUUGGCAGACAUUGUGUAACAAAGAUGCAAUAUAUGUGUGUGUGUGUGUGUGUGUGUCGUGGUCUCAUGUUGUGUAAAUUUGAUGUCAAAAGAGAUCUAUAACUAUGAAUAUUGUGCAAGCCAUUGAUUGAAGAACAUAAAUAAAUAUGAAUAUAGCUGUCUGA